CAAAGACUAAAUGCUUUCCUUUCAAUAUAAAAUAGUUAUAAAAUAAUAAAUGACUGCUUUUGCUUUCCGGGGAAAUACUUAUCCCAGAAUCCUUUCCUGUAACCUAUGACCCAAACCGGAAAAGGUAACGUUAGUUAGCUAACGGUUAUGUGUAAGCCAAGCGGAGCUCUCACACCUUCGACGAUAUUUCCUUCCCGAGUGGAUAAUGUGUAAUUGUUGCGGCAAACGUGUGCGAGGACGUUAGCCGUUAGCUAGGCGCAAUUUCACGAACGCGGCCGGUAAACGCGCGUCAGCUACAGGCUAGGCUAGGCUAAGCUAAGAUAAGCUAGCACGCGCGAGCGAGCUAGGCCCGUAACCUAGGUAACCGGUUACCGAGCCCCGGUUGUCUGAAAUAUCGCCCCCGUUUACCGUCGCCGCACGAUGGAGGACGACGACGACGACUUUUUGCUCGCUCUUCGCCUGCAGGAGCAGUUCGACCGCGAGGCCGGUGACGGCGGCUCGCCCGCACGGGACGCUGCGAGGCCGCCCGAGACCCUGUCGGUCGUGGACGAGCGCUGGGAGACGCUGGACCCGAACCCAGACGUCAGGGCCAUGUUCCUCCGGUUUAACGACGCCUUCUUCUGGGGGAAGCUCGGUGGCGUCGAGGUGAAGUGGAGCCCCCGCAUGACGCUGUGCGCUGGCGUGUGCUCUUACGAAGGAAGAGGCGGCUUGUGCUCCAUUCGUCUCAGCGAACCGCUUCUGAAGCUCAGACCCCGGAGAGACCUGGUGCAGACGUUACUGCACGAGAUGAUACACGCGCUGCUGUUUGUCACGCAAAACAACCGAGACCGGGAUGGUCACGGGCCGGAGUUCUGCAAACACAUGAACCGAAUAAAUCAAGCCAGCGGAGCAAACAUUACCAUUUAUCAUUCCUUCCAUGAUGAGGUGGACGUCUAUCGGCAGCAUUGGUGGCGCUGCAACGGGCCGUGUCGGAGCCGCAGGCCAUUCCUUGGCUACGUGAAAAGAGCGAUGAACAGGCCUCCGUCUGCCCAAGAUCCCUGGUGGGAGGACCACCGGAGGACCUGCGGAGGCACGUACGUCAAAAUCAAAGAGCCGGAGAACUACCGGAAGAAGGGCAAGCGCGAGGAGAAGAAGGAGCAGAACCCGUCCAGGAAGCCCGAAGGCAAAAACGAGCCGACCGGCAACGCAGCAGGUUCAGGUUGUCAGGAUAUCAGGAGCAUUGUUCCUUUCAGCGGCAGAGGUUUCGUUCUCGGAGGGAGCGCGCAGACACCACGCAGCCAAAGUCCUACACGUCCUUUAAUAGCAGUGCAAGACUCUGAUAAAACCUUCCCCGCAAACCUCGAACCGCGGCCCGGCCCGACCCAGACGGGCCUUCCCCCCGAGCUCGGUCCGACAAGGUCAGACCCCACCCCUUGGCCCUGUCCGACCAGGUCGAAAUGGCGGGUCAGCGCCGGCAUCGCGACAGCGCUUCCUAAAAGGUCUGUCGGCAACACCAAAGCCUUUGUCAACAUCGACGGCUCACCCAAGAGGAUUACGAAGGCCAACGGCAGCUUGGCGAGACCCGUUCAGAGGACAGUGCAGGACCUCUUCCAGGCCCAAAGCCUGAACUCAGCUCAGAAAGCAGCUAGCAGAAUCAAUGCCUUAAAGCCCACCGCUAUCCCAAACCAUGUUUCCAGCGAGCCUACCUCGAGCGCGAAACCUAUAGGACAGCCAUGUAUAAGUACAGACCCUACUAAAGCCAACCCGUUUUGUUCCUCACACAACUCUGUUGGACACAAGCCUGCUCCUACAGGGCCACUUCUUUCGAUAUACUUUGGCAGCCCCAAACAUUCCGCAGGCGGCGUUCCAGGUCCCACUUCCGCAGACCCGGGAAGCCAAAGGAAGCCAGAAGGCUCCAGUUCAGAGUGUUUUGGAAGCCCAGAGAAGUCUGCCUCGCGCUAUUCCGUCUCACCCCCCGGGGUCUCAGGAAACCCCCCCAGGGCAGGAGGCACCGCCGUUUCAGGAGGGAGGAAAAGGACUUGGGAGGAGCACAGCUCUGCGCGCAUCUUUGAUUUCUUCCAGCGGGCAGCGAGCCAGUCGCUCGGCUCCCCUGGGGAGCGGAGAGAAGAGGGACCGGCCGCUGGCGCACCCUCCGCUGGGCGUCCGGGGGCAGGCAGAGGCCCCCUUAGCUCUACCGCCCUCACGGUGUGCUGCCCUGCAUGUCGGAGCCGAGUGCCGGAGUCUCAAAUUAACGAGCAUUUAGACUCCUGUCUUGAGUGAAGAAGCUUUGUCUGUGCGUGCGUACGUAUGUGUGUGUGUCAGUAGGGAAUUUGUGGUUUAAAGGCUCAGAUUUACUCAUGUUUUGUAGAGCUGACGUGUUUGGAGACAAUGCGGUGACCGCAUUCUUUAGCGCUUGAAAAUCUGCUCUGACGAAUAUCUCGGACCCCUUUUUCACCCCUGUUUAGUCAAAAAGUGAGUUUCAAAACCCAGCGUCAGUUUGAAAAAGGCAGCAAUCGGAUUUCAAGGCAGACUAGUUCGUGUAAUUAUCAAAAAAUCGGGGUUUGUGGUCAUGAGCUCGUGAGUCAGACAUAGGAUACAAAUUCCAUUAACCAAAGCAAUUGAGUUCCCAGGGGGUGAGCUGUCCUGUGUUCAAUGUCUGGCCUUUAAUGACUUUUUUUUUUUACUCAAGAGAGAAUCGUUCUAACAUUUAUUAGGGCGGUGACGGAGCACUUUUACCGUGAUUGACAGCAUAAUUGAUGUCAGCGGUUACAGACUUGCCGCUGUCCUCAGACGCCUCGCUGCCAGGUCAGCGCUAUUGAAUUCCGCUCCGCUCUUUACCUCAAGGUCAGUCGGCAGCGAAGACGUCUCCAUCUCCGGAUGGUCGAUAAUGUUCCUGGAUGGCGUCGUCCCAGAUAUGGGCGCAAUAUCCUAUUUCUGCCUAUCGCAGGCAGUCCGAUUUCUCAUAGCCCCCCCCCAAAAAAACUUAAGUACUUUUUAUUACAUGACUCAUUGCAACCUUCUGUGAUGACCCUGCAAAGGCCGUGUAUAUGUAGAGAUACUCAUGCCCAGAAGUAGCACGGUUUCUGUCUGCUUCCCACAGCGGUGACAUGUUUCUGACCUCUUCCAUCAGAAGAUGCGCCUGUUUAAUGUCUCGCCUCACCUCCCAAAAAAGUUAUUGGUUUGCGACUUGUUUCUUUUCUGGUGCACAAGACUGUGAAACGAGGGGAAUAAACAGAUAACCGCCUUUAAAACUCCUGCUCACGACUAAAGGACCCGUGUUCUUUCAGGAUGUCUAAGUGUUUUAGAUGUUACACGACGCAUAAGCUCUGGAGCUGGCUCGGAAACGUUCAGAAAACCUAAACUUUUGAUAUGCCGUUUACCAAUUAAAGUACACACUGGUGUACGUGUUUCCUCUAAAGGCUCAGGUGUGUGAGGUGUUGUUUACAAAGGGCCACCGAGUUUUAUUUUCAGCAUUUCGAGACCGAACGAGCUGACUCUAAAUACUCUCUUCAAGGUUUUAAAUGAAAACAAUGUUAAACAUAUUUUAGAUAAAUGAAAGCUGUACCGAAUUGUUGUGUGUGUGUCAUUGUGUAUGUUGUUUUUCACUUGUUUGAUAAAAAUAAAGUUUCUUUCGAUUAUG